AUGAAGAUCGCUCUCCAUGGAACGAGCGCCCUCGCUUGCAUUGUUCAGCUCGCUGCAGCCAAAGCCAUUCCCGCCUCGCAAAGAUACGGUUCCCACAAUGACACGAACGGUCUACCUGUCGUUGACUUGGGCUACGUGAAGCAACGAGCUUCGGCUUACAAUGCCACUGGCAAGUACUACAACUUCACGAACAUAGCCUUCGCUCAGCCACCACUUGGGGAUCUUCGUUUCGCGGCUCCACAACCACCAAAGCACAUCGCAGGUGUUCAAGAUGGCAACGAAAAGAUCAACCCAACAUGCCCACAAGCUUAUCCAAUCUGGCUCGCCGAAGCAUCUCAGCAAGUUUCGAGUGUUCCGAGGAGCCCAUACGAGACGGAAGACUGUCUGUACUUGGAUGUUCUUGUUCCAGAAAAAGUGUACCAGAAACGACACGACCGAGCUGCAUUGACACCCGUUGUGGUUUGCAUCUAUGGAGGUGGCUUUGUGAUUGGUUCCAAGACACAGAAUGGAGAUGGGCCUGGUCUCAUUGCAAGAAGUCUGGAGAAUCCCGAUGCUCAAGGCAUUAUCUUCGUCGGCACUUUCGGAUUUCUAGGGGGCAGCGACUUCGAAAAGCAGGGCGGCAAGUCCAACGCAGGCCUCCUCGAUCAACGUGCAGCCCUCGAAUGGGUGCAGCAAAACAUUCAAAAGUUUGGUGGAGAUCCGAAUCGUGUUACUGCUAUGGGUGAGAGCGGUGGUGCCAGCUCCAUCGGCCAGCACUUGGUCGCAGGAAGAAACAACCUGUUUGACACUUGCAAAACACCUUUCCAGCAAGCUAUCUUUCAGUCCCCGGACGAAGCCUCCCCAGACUUCGGCAGUAAUGCUGUAUUCAACGAUCGAUUCCACACCUUUCUUAAGGACCUUGGCGUCAACAGUUUGAAGGAGGCGCAGGCACUUGAUUUCGACAAGGUGUACAACGUCAACAAUGUCACGAUAGCCAAGUAUCCCAGUGGAUUUUUCACAACGUUCACACUCGUGAAUGAUGGAGGUUACGUGGUUGGCAAUAUCCACCAAGGCUCUGCAGCAGGUCGAUACGAUCCGAACGUGAAGAUCAUGACAUCUCAAGUUGCCGACGAGGGAUAUCUGUUCGCUGUCACACUGAACCCACCACCGGGAGCCUCCAACUUUUCCUUCCCAGCUUUGGUCAAGGAGCUUCUACCGUCCGCCACACAAUCCGAUGUCGAUUACAUCUCUAACGACCUCUAUGCAUUAAGCAGGUUCGGCGGUGACGAGAUGAACCGAACAGAUGCUUUUCAAGGAGAAGUGCAGCUCCUUUGUAACGCGUACGGAUUACAAGAGGCCUACAACAAUGAGGGUUAUUCUUAUAAGUUCAGCGUUCCUCCAGCAAUCCAUACUUCCGACAUCGUGUACACUUUGUAUAACGGCCACAACGACCAAAGCGGUUCGUUGAACGGAACUGUUGCCGAGGACUUGCAAAGAUACCUCACUCAAUUCGUCAUGACCGGCGAUCCCAAUCGGUCAGGUCUUCUUCCAAUGCCCCUUUCAGGACCAGGGGCCAAUUUGCUACAGUUCAAUGUGACUGGCUACGACUAUGUCACCGAGCUGGAUGUGAAGGAGAGGUGUGAGUGCUGGGAAAGCUAUCAUUGGUAG